UACGAUGCGACAACGGCUACUGCGACGGCACCGGAGUUUGAUCCCUUUUUUUAACUGAGCAUGCGCACGCACCAUCUGUACGUUGUUUACACGUUUUGAAAAGACGGAACCGACGUGAAAACAACAACUUUGGCGUCGCUUCAGAACGGCAGAGAAAAAAAAUCAAAAAUCUUGCAAAAAUCAUUCGAUUGUCAAAUGGCGAGCACUACUGUUGCUUCACGUGCAUCUAUGAAAUGGUCCUCAAGCCAUGAUAUAGCUUUAUCACGAGAAAUCUUGCUAUUUAGACCAUGGAUUCACAGAAGAGGAUCAACUGAAAGAGGCCAAAUUUGGGAAAACAUUGCUAAAUCGCUCAAUGCUUUGAUGCCAAAAUUCCAUGUAUCUCAGAGAUCUGUUCGCGAUCGAUAUCAACUGCUCGAAAAGAAAUACAAAAGAAAACAAUCAGAAGAAGAAAGAGCCAGUGGUAUUUCACCCGAAGAGAGUGAACUUGACGAGGCUAUGGAGGACAUCAUAGCUCAGUUUGAGGAAGCUGAUCAUUUAAAUGAACAACUCACGUUCGAGAAAAAACAGAGAGCUCAGGCAGAAGUUGAAAAGGCUGUAGAAAUGCGUCGCUGCUCAAUGGAAACGUUCAAAGAAACGAAAAAGAGGAAUGGCGAGGAAGAAAAUAACGAGCCAUCUGCUAAAAAGAAGAAAAGGACCAGUGGAUCGGAUGUCAUGCGAUACCUGCGAGAAAAGGCGAAAUUGAUAUAA